UCAAAACAAACAUCGCGCGCGUUUUUUUUAUCUAACUCAAAAACGUAAACACGCUUUUCAAGCCCUACGAACAAAUUCCAUCGACUGUGUAUUAACAAUUGGAUUGCAAGAGAUUGUGUUGUAUUUUGGGGCAUUUUAGAGGGUUUCAUUUGCACAUUAUGUCUGUCGAUAGAGGUUUCGAGUUGGUCAGAGAGUUGACCCGUUCGACCGAAACUAUUCCACCGUUCAAUGAUAAUGGUCUUCGGUCUGUUUUAGAAGACAUCAAUAAAAUUUUUGAGAAUAACCAUGAAAAUGCUAUAUCGUACCAUAGAACAGGAGAGCAAAGAUUUUAUCCGGUAGUCAUGUAUCGACACUUUUCAAUUCAGCGUCAGAAGCGUUGCGCCCUUGUUUACUUGUACAAUCGCCUACAGAAGCUAAAGAAGAUUCGUUGGCAUCUGGGUGCCACCCUCCCAGCCGACAUCAAAGCCAAUCUCAACGAUUACGAGUUGCAGUGGUACAAUAACUACUCGAAAAUACUAGCUAACUACAUGAUGACAAUUGGCGACGGACAAGGACUGAAUCUCACAAACGAUAUCAAACCUCCGAAGUCUCUGUUCAUAGAAGUUCGCUGUCUGGUUGACUACGGAAAGUUCGAACUGGAGAGUGGCGAAAUUAUCCUGCUGAAGAAGAACAGCCAGCACUAUUUACCGAAGUUGCAGUGCGAGUCGCUCAUCCGGCAGGGCAUUUUGCAACACAUUGUUUGAUAAAUUUUGUUACAUGGGUUGUCUCUUGAAAAUAAGUAUUUUGUGAUGAUUUUUAAAAAAUUUGAACCUUUUCAUAUCUAAGACCAAGAAUUAUCUGCUGUCUGAUAAGGCGAGGGGUUCAUAAUAAGUAUGCAAUUUUGAUUAAGGUAAUGUUCAAAGCUCCUCAACAAACACCUUUUUAUGAACAUCCAUGGAAUGAUUUUUUAAAAUAGUUUUUAGAAACAAAUAAACAUUCCCCCUUAUUCCACGCGGCGAGUGACGUGAGAGCAACAUUUCUCGCUUCAUUGUUGAAGCUACCUUCUUCUUCUUUCUUUGUUUUUAAGAGGCUUUAAACUUUAUUGAAGCUACCUUACAUUUCAACUUGUUUUUAAUACCCGAGUCGAUAACAUAUGAGGACACGACUACAAAUCUCACUUAGUGACAAACUAUAGUCACGCCAUUCGCCUACGAGAAUGCAGUGACUUGAGCCAUCAUUCAUCUCAUUCGCCGCGCGGAAUAAAGGGGAUUGGUUCCACAGAUCUCUUCUUCAAACGGUUAGGCUCAAAGGACUAUUUUACUCGGUUCAUUGAUACUUAGUAACCAUACUUGUUUUAUCCAAUCAGUAGUCGGUUCAUUCGAACCAAAGUAUUCACAAACCUUUCGGGGCUGUUUGCUUUUCGAUUCUACUACUAUUAUCGGUUUCGGCUUAUUUUUGUUUAUUGCACGCAAUUUUAGCUAGGCGUAAUCGAUCAUUAUGAGUUUUAUUGGAUAACAUACUAAACAUAAUCGAAGGAUCUACAUAUUUACGCUUGUUGAGAGUUAAAUUUCAUACAAAUAAAAUAAGUAAAAAAAAGCUUUUUAAGUUCAACGGUUUCAUCAGAAUUUGUGCCGAAGGAAAGGAGGCGAAGAAAUUCAACCAGCAAACUUGGUUUAACGCUCAAUGCAUUGGGACCAUGUGACUUGAAAGGUCGAAAUUGAAGUCAAAUCAUGUCCGAAGAAAUUCUCUAAUUACGUAAAGUCUAAGCUCAAGAGCAAUAGCUUUCCAUCGCAGAUGCACCUGGAUGAAGAUCUGGAGAAUUCUUCGAACGAAAUGUGGAAUCUCUUUGCAAAUUUCCUUCAGGAAGUAGGGUAAGUAUACCAAUUAUGGAGGAAAUAUGUCACCAACUUACAGAUAUUUGCGAAUAAAUACUCUAUGUAUUAUAAUAAUACUCUAUUUUAAGUUUUGAGAUGUAAUACUUGAUUGUUUCUCUCUUGUUGUUUGUAGGUGUAGUGAAUAACAAUAUUCAAAAUAAAGAAAAAAUCAAUGGAUUAUUUUCUGUUUUUAAAGAUUUUGUAGAUUAACACAGUGUUUUAUUAACUAAGUCAAUCUAAUCUACCUAAUCUAAUUAACCUUAUCAAUCAACAUUCCAAGAACGGUCCUGUAGGUCAUUUUACGACAGGAAAAAGUUUUGAUAGAAUGAAAAAUUUAUCUUUUUCUAAUUAAGAAUUUUUCAAUAAUGCGACUAUUUCCAAAUCGGAAGGCAAUUUUAAAAACUCCAAUAAAUUCUGUACAAGAUUCAUUAUUUAUGAAAAGGCUCUAUCUGAUUUGAUCUUUCCAUUGACUUUCCCAUAACCAAGGCCUUCCAGACAGAUUUUGCGCCACAUAAUUUGAUAAACGAGGUUUCCUUCUACACUCUUGAUAUCGAACUCAUCAGGAAAUGUGUUUACUUCUGAAUUUUCAACGAAAGAGAAUGUUGAUGAAAAUUGAUCAAUGUAGAUAGGGCAUUUUCAAAAGCUACGCGAGAAGUAUUGUUGUCAAAGCCCAUAGAGGACUAAGAUCUAACGUCGAGAUGUCGUAAUUUGCGUUGUGUGGCAAAUGGUACCGUCUUGUUCAAACCACAUGUCAUUGAUUGACUGCUAAGAUCUUCAAAUUCUGAGCAAAAAAAUCGAGGGGUUGUAUCCGAGACACGACCGCUUAUGACGUAGGACGCAAAUUUUUUUUUUUAAAUUUGUUGGUUUAUCAUUUCGGAUAAUUUUUGCGAAUACGUCGAAAUUUCAUAAAUAACUCUUCAGUAAAAAGUUCCGGGGAUCCUAAAAAGGUUUAAUGGUUUGCGUGGUUUUGUAGAAUCAUUUCGAGAAGCAACGAUUCAUUCUUGCCUUUGUGAGAACGAUAGACUUAUUGGUGAUAUGUCGCAAUUUGUUUCUUCAUAUCACUGCACGCUUUGCACAGAGUAUUUAACGAGAGGCAUCUUCCGUGCAGUUGCAGCGAUAUAAAUAAAACAUCGCGAGGAUGACCGUUAUGAAAAAUCAUUUCUCGACUCUCGGUUAACGGGUCUCGGUAACGGUCGACCAGACGCACUUCAAGUGAAAAAUUCGCUAGCGUUUACAGCUCGAGGGGAAACAUAAAACACAAUCGAGCAGAAUAAGCAACCUUUGUAGUUUCGGGCACAGAAAGAUUCUGAGAAUUUUCCUCAGAGGACAUGCAAUACUUAUACGCUAGCUUACUUACUAUCCCCCUUCGUUGUUUCUAUUCUAGCGGCUGCAUAAGUUGCCCGUUAUUGACAGCUCUGUUCGGGAAAGCACACAAAUGGACAGAACCAAUGUAUGGGGAAAUGGAAAUGCUUCCAAUUUUCAUCAAUUCAAACCAUAUACAGACUAUGGGAUUGUAAUGUUUAACAUAUCAAACAAAUAUAAAAUCCGUUCGCAGCAAAAAUGGUUAUUAACGUUAAUUUUAUUUCAUAAAAAAGUGACCUGUUUUCUGAUUUGGCACCCUUAAUGUAAGACGUAAUCCUACGUCAAAAAGCCUCCCAACAUGUCGCGAUAGCGGCAACAUGACGGUCAUUCUCAUCGACGAAAAAAUACGCCUCAAUCAUUCCCAGAGCAUGAAAACCUCACCAAACAGUUUUUUUUUUGCGGAUGCAUGUUUCUUGAAGCACAUGUGAGUGUGCAUCUGACCAAUGACGCAUAUUUUGCUAUUGCCAAUUAGCACGAAAUGAGCCUCAUCGCUGAAGAUGAUUUUGUGAAGAGAAUUAUAAUUUUCUUCAAGAUUCGCCAGAGCCCCAUUUUGAAUUUUCUAAUAAUAUUAAAAUAUUAUUUUUCGAAAAAUCCUACGUACGAUGAUAGGGAAUUUAGUGGAGAAUCCGGGAAAACAAUUUCAUCAAAAUCGGAUGAACCGUUCCGGAGGUAGAACUCCCAUCAGUAUGCAAAACAUAGUUUCGAGAAAAAACGCGUUUUAAAUUUUGGAUCCGCGCUCCUUGCGCAAAGACUUAGGUCCACUAAUUGGGUUGUAACUUUGGAACGGAGUAUCGGACAAACUUGGGACAAAACUACAGUAAAGUAGACAUCCCAGAGAAUGUUUGAGGCCUGAUUUUUUUUUAAAUUUUUUCACGUUUCCAUAGUGUACUACCCCUUCAACUAAUUCAGAAUUCGUUUGAUUUUUUUUUU